CUUUGAGUCACCCAUGAUCCAUAGUUAACUACCUAGGUCUCCUGAUUGCCUUACUUAACUAACUCUACCCUGGUGGAUCCUCUGACUCUAGUGGUCCGCAUGACAUGAUGUAUCGAUGGCUUCAAACUCCCCUCAUAUAAGUUGAUCCUCUGAUCACCUGAAGCAUUGGUUUCUUUUUCUUGCGCUACCCUCCAGUACCCCCCCCCUGUUUAAUCAUACUACUACUGCUCUCUCCGUUAUACUCCGUACUCCGUGAUUAUCUCCGCCGUCCUCUUUCUACCGCCAUCUCUUCCGCGACCCUAUACUGCGGUUGAGAUGGUUGGCUCUUUUCUCUUUCUAUCUUGUCGUUAUAUAUACCUCUGAAAAUGCCUAUCUUUCAAGAUCCAGAUCGUCAACGGUUUUAUAACUUGUGGUCCGACGACCGCCGCAGCCAUAGCCGCCAACGCCACCUUGUGGUAAAUGAGGAGGAUCAACGACGAAAAGCGCUCUCCUGGUCUCAUAAUCAUGGGCACAGUUGGCAGCCCAGUCCGGACCAGACAAACCCGGUGUUCCCAUCUGAUAGUCCGGCAUUAUACCAUACGUCCGGUGUCCAUACGAAUGACCGAGAGGAGCUUAUCCGGUAUAUAAAAAGCACCGAUCCUUCUAAAUGGAACCGACCCGCUUUGGCAGGAGAGACAAGUGCUGGUCACUGUCAUCUCCCCCAAACAUGCAAUGAAACUCCGGACGUUAGAGCCGAACCCAAUAAUAAUACUGUCUCGAGUGGUCCCCCGUUGCAUGACCAACAGCUAGCGUCUCCGGCCGAUAUUGAACGCCCCCGGUCAGCAUUACAUUCGGGCGACUUUCGAGAAGGCAUCCCUCAGCGCCAGGAUGGGCAGCAAUUGCCACAGUCGUCUGGAUUGAGUCCCUGUGCCGAUUACCAACCUCCCCCUCUGGGCAGUUCUCCCACCACGCCUUGGUUCAGCCCGUCGUUUUUCUCGCCUUCGGGCCGUGGACCCUCGACAUUGUUUCAUCUUCCCAGUGACAAGGAUACGCCAGCAGCCCGUGCGAGGGCACCAUCGUUGGGGUCGUUUUCUUCAAGUUAUGUUUUGAAGACCCCGACAAGCCCCCUGGUAUAUCAAGCAAACAAUACAGACUUGGAUUUCUCUCCGAAGAGCGACGCGAUCGAACAAUCGGAGUCAUGGAGAAAGGCCAACCGUCGUCGUACAUUACCCCCCGAAACGUUCCGGGACCUUCAGUCGCCUUCGCCGGCGCAUCGCGGGGCAGCGGAGAUGCAGUUCGGUGUCUCCCCGGGCCACUGGAAUGAGCCAGUCUCCUUUCAGCGCUCAUUUACGUCGCCAUAUAGCCUUCAAUUGGCAUCAUCCGUUCAAACACCAUGCCCAAGUGCCAGAAGGCCAUCCCUGGUGUCCGAAAGACCUGCCAAAGCACUCGCCCCGAUGGUGGGUUCUUAUGAAGAGUCUAUCCUACGGGGUAGGAUGUCGACCAACCCAUCAAAGCCGCUGGACUUCACUGCCCAGAUCGGCGUGCUUGGCAAGGGGAACUGUAAAGCUAAUCUUAGAUGUCCUCCACACGUCACAAUACCGUUUCCGGCGGUCUUCUAUAGCUAUCCAACAUCUGGGUGCGGACGAUCGAUAUCAGACGACAACCCCAGCCCUUACGUUGGCCUCAUUGACCUCGAAAACACCCUUUCGAAGGAUACGUCAGGGGCCAGCCAACGCCGUAGGCAUAAUCAGAGCCAAACCCCAACACACAGCGGUCAAAGCGCCCUACCUUCUACGCUCAACGAUCAGGGAGCUAUACGCAAGCGGGAGAAAAAGCACCGAAGGGCCGAGUCCCCUAAGUCUCCUCCAGGCGGUUGUUAUCGAAUCCCGCAACAAGGCCAGCUCCAGAUCAUGAUCAAAAAUCCAAAUAAAACGGCGGUUAAGCUGUUCCUUGUCCCGUACGACCUGAGCGAUAUGGAGCCAGGCUCGAAGACAUUCUUCCGGCAAAGGAGCUAUUCGGCAGGUCCCAUCAUCGAUAUGCCUUUGCACGCUCGAAAGAAUUAUGGAACCGAUCGUCCAGAAGCGUCUCUGAAUACUUCGGAAGAUCCCCAAGACAAACCUAUACUGAGAUACAUGGUCCACCUCAACAUCUGCAGUCCCUCCCGGGGUCGUUUCUACCUUCACUCUGUCAUUCGUGUCGUGUUCGCAAACCGAGUCCCCGAUGGGAAGGAAAGUUUGCGGAACGAGAUACAGCACCCAGAACCUCGCUAUACACCUUAUCGUCCGUCUCGGGACUCCAACCAUAGCCACUGCGGCGCAAAGAUGAGCUCUCAAAGGUCUACCGCUGGUCGAGAUUCCGCCGCGAUUUCGCAUCUGAAUCCCUCUGCCCGCACGCCAGGAGCGCCGGCUACAAGGGAGGCGACACCAGGGGCAAUCAAUCAUAUGAACACUCAACCGCAUCAACGUCCCCCGCAUCCCUUCCAACCUAUUCCUUCUUUGCGGGAAGAAUCUCUACCGGCACAUGAUGCAACGCCAACGGAGGCAUACUCUCCUGGCACCAGUCAUUAUAGUAAGCUUAAUACAGAGGAUACUGGUUAUUCUCGCUAUCCGUUUAGCUCUUUCAACGGAUCCAAAGCCCGGGAGAGUCUCCUGGCCAAGAGACUCAGGGCACUGGAGGUACAAAACCCCGACCCAAAAACUAUGGAUUGAUAUACAUAUCAGAAGUGGAAAUUUCAGGCUUGUUUUGAAAAUUGCACAAAUAUUGCAGCUGUUCAGGGCUCUGAGACAGCCGACUAAUUGCGCAGGACUUGCCAGAGUGCCAUUCAUUUCUUUCUCCGUAUAGAUUACGCUCUAUUCAUAAUUGGAAAUCAAUCAAAAGGCUCACAUGCACAAGGAACAUGAAAAAC